AUGGAGGGACCACAAACCCUGCGACCCUGUGGCCACUCCCACCCCCAGUGCCCACAACCCUCAACUUCGAGUGGCCGUGGAGGAUGCGUAGACCCACCCUGCCAAGGAUUUGUAAGGUGGCCCUGCCUGGUACCUCUCAACUCCACUCACUCAGCGGAGUCUGCCAGGGCUUUCCCAGCCCCAGGAACAGGAGGCAGGGGGCCCAGGGUAGGCAGUGAGGUACCUGAGAGCUUUAUUACAAGAGAAGAGGGAGAGGUGCGGCGACAGAGACCGAGAGAUCCAGCUGGGGCGAGACAAGUACAGAUGGAAGCAGGGCUGGCGUGGGGCUGGCCCCUGCACUCAGGAAGAGAGCAGGGGCCAGCCAGGCAGGGGGGAGCCCCCAACUCAGGGCCCAGACCCUGCCCAUGCCCGCCCCUGCCACCGGGGACAGGGAGCCCGGCCUCACCCAGGGCAGCCCCCUCCCAGCUCCAGAGUGUGCCCUUGGGGCCUGAAGAACAGUCCUUCCUCCAGCUGGAGCAGGAGAACCAGAAUCUGAAAAGGCAGAACCAGGACCUGCGGGAGCAGCUGGGGGCCCUUCUGGGGCCAGGGCAGCAAUUCCUGCCUCUGUGCCCAGAGCACUCAAGCUGCACAGCCCUGGCCUGGCCCCCUGAGCAGGCUGGUACCCAGCCCCUGGAGGACAGGGCAUCUUUGCAGCUGCUGCGACGGGAGCUGUGCCGGGGGGAGGAGUCCUUUGUGCAGCAGUCCCAGAACGAGCUGCAGCGGAUCCGAUUGUCUUUUGAGAGGAAGAAGAUGGCCAUUACUGAGGUGUGGGAUGGCGUGGCCGAGGUACACAUGGCCCUAAACAACCAGGCUUCCGGGCUCCGGAACCUCAAGAAGGACAUCCGGGGCGUGCUGGACCAGAUGGAGGACAUUCAGCUGGAAAUUCUGGGGGAUCGUGCCCACUGCCGCACCCAGACCAGGAAGGAGCAGCAGGCAGCAUGCAUAGCGAAGGCGAAGCCCCAGCUGGAAUGUUCUGAAGGCCUCAAAGGCCAGCUCUGGCUGCUGGCCCUGAGGCUGCUGCUGGGUGCCGUGCUGGCCUGCACCGCCGCCUACGUGUACGUGGUGGACCCUGCGCCCUUCGAGGGGCUGGUGCCGCCCCUGCUGAGCCGCGCUGCCGUCUGGAAGCUCCGGGCCCUGCUGGGCCCGUUCCUGCGCCUCGAGGUGGACGACUUCCUGCCCUUCUAG